AUGACGUGAAGACGCUUCCUGCUCGCCCUCGAAUUGCUGACCAUCCGGCGCCAAUCAUGUCAGUGAGAGGAGUUAGUAACUCGUAAUCAAACUAAGCAACACUAAAAUAAUAAUAAUAAAAAUCUUACGAGUUUAUUUUGUUGCUGGGAGGGAAGUCGGCGGUCUGUCAUUGGGUAAAGAGCUCGUUUGCGAAUGUUGAAGCUGAGUGAGGUCCGCCGUGUAUAACUCGAGUGAGCAGGGGAGAAGUGCAGGCAGAAGAACCUGAAGGUAGGGCGUUAUAAUUAAAUUUAGCCAUCUGCAGUGCAGUCCACGACACAAGAAGUGUAAUUAAAAGUAGCAGCUGGAGGCGGCUUUGGAAAUGGAGCUGUCAAACAUACAGCUGAGUACGAAAAGUAUGUUAGUGUAGUGUACGACGCCCAUCAGAAACGCUCGAUCUGGCCUCUGUAUACGCUCACGGUAUGUGGAUAAAUGACAGGCUGUUGCAAAAUGUACCGGGCGGUAGCCGAGCAGCUGUGUUUGCACUGCAGUGACAAUGGUAUGAAUUGAAUGAAAUGAAUUAACGUGUGAGCCGGCGCAGGCUCGUUUUGGGGUAUCCGAACCUCUCUUUUGACGUAACCUACACAGUAUCGUGUAGUACUACUGAUUUAUACUGUGAUAAGAAAACAGUAAAAUACAAGACGUCGUAUGCUGUGCCCAGGGCUCGAAUUGACGGGGAACAGUGCUCCCCUUGUUAACAGGAAAAUAAAUUGUUUCCCUGGUUUCAUACAGUCCGAUAGUUGUAUGAGAACGAUAUUGUAUCUGCCGAGAUACAUUACAAUAUGCUCCCCUCUUAGACGGAAAUAGUUAACCAACUGGUUUUUAGCCCAGUCAGAUCUGUUUUUUCAUUAAAAAAAAAAAAAAAAACGGUAUAUACUGAAACUAGUAUGCCUCGGCGUUCGUGCGCCGGCUUGAUUAAAACGUGUUAGUAUUCAUUGGACAAGCUUGAGAGGCCGUAAAAAUAACAGCAAUGAGAACCUGGCAUUACUCACACGCUGUACUUCAUCAAGACUUAAUAAAAUGUCAAGUAGGAAGAGAAAAAUGAAUACGAGGAAUACCCAAUGUAAAGACCCUUGGAGUUUAAAAAAUCCGAAGUAUAAAUGAAAGCUACAAUAGACAUCCAACUGGGGAAAAAAAACGAACAGAGCUGGUAGUAGAGAUGUUUGAUGCAGCUGGUGCCUUCUGUUGAAGACAUUUGAAAAAGAAAUCGUGCAGCUGUAUGCAGUUCCGAAAUGCAGAGUACUAGGUAACUUUUUUAAACUGAGGUCUUCAGCAUCCAGCAAUACACGAUGAGCGACAGCGACAGUCAGUUUCACAGCGUGCAGGUGGGAGAUUCAACAUUCAUGGUGCUGAAACGCUACCAGCAGCUGCGGGCAAUAGGGUCUGGAGCUCAGGGAAUAGUCUGUUCUGCACUUGAUACAGUACUUGGUUUACCUGUUGCUGUCAAAAAGCUGAGUCGUCCUUUUCAGAAUCAAACCCAUGCAAAGAGGGCUUAUAGAGAACUUGUUCUUCUAAAAUGUGUCAACCAUAAAAAUAUUAUUAGAUUGCUAAAUGUUUUCACACCACAGAAGUCGCUUGAAGAAUUCCAGGAUUUGUAUUUAGUUAUGGAACUUAUGGAUGCCAGCUUGUGUCAGGUUAUCCAUAUGGAUUUAGAUCACGAGAGAAUGUCCUAUCUUCUUUAUCAGAUCUUGUGUGGUAUCAGACACCUCCAUUCAGCUGGCAUCAUACACAGAGAUUUGAAACCGAGUAACAUUGUAGUAAAAUCAGAUUGCACUUUGAAAAUCCUCGAUUUUGGCCUUGCAAGAACAGCAUGCACAAAUUUUAUGAUGACCCCCUAUGUAGUAACGAGAUAUUACAGAGCGCCAGAAGUCAUCCUCGGUAUGAAGUACAAGGAAAACGUUGAUAUCUGGUCAGUGGGUUGCAUCAUGGGUGAAAUGGUUAAAGGCUGUGUGAUAUUUCAAGGCACCGAUCAUAUUGAUCAGUGGAAUAAAGUAAUCGAGGUGCUAGGCACACCUUCAUUAGAGUUCAUGAACAGACUGAUGGAAACGGUCCGGAAUUACGUGAUGAACAAACCGCAGUAUCCAGGAGUUCACUUUGAAGAACUCUUCCCUGACUGGGCCUUCCCGUCUGACUCGGAGCACGAUAAAUUGAAAACAAGCCAAGCAAGAGAUCUAUUAUCCAAAAUGCUAGUGAUAGACCCGGAAAAGAGAGUUUCUGUGCAAGAAGCGUUAAGCCAUCCGUACAUACACGUCUGGUAUGAUCCUGCAGAAGCGGACGCCCCUCCUCCACAGAUUUCUGAUAAGCAGUUGGAAGAGAGAGAACACAGCAUAGAGCAAUGGAAAGAACUUAUCUACAAAGAAGUUAUGGACUGGGAGGAAAGAAACAAGAACGGGGUUGCAAAAGAAGAGACAUCAGAUGCAGCAGUGAACAGAAGUGCCACUGCUUCCCAGUCCUCUUCCAUCAAUGACAUCUCGUCCAUGUCGACAGAGCAGACGCUGGCCUCAGACACCGACAGCAGCAGCAUCGAUGCCCUGACUGGGAACCUGGAGGAAUGCCAGUAACCCCCCCUCCCCAAAGAGACACUGCUUUACACAGGGGUAUAAAACAAAACUAAAGCUCUUGCUUCAGUGUUGGACCUAAAUGUUCACUUGUGGAAACUAUGCUGAACCAUAUUGUGUAUGUACUAUGUUUGCUGUAUAUGAAAAUGUAGUAGAACAGUUAUGCUUGUCAGUUUCAGGCUUGGCAAACUGCUUUUGCAGUUAAAAGCUUUUUUUUUAUUUACAUCAUUAUAAAUAUGAAAUGUGCUACCAAGCCAUCAAUUGAGAAGUGUCUGUUGUUCUAUAAUUUUAAGUGAAAUAUGUCUCUGUGCAUGUUGUACAAAAGAGAUGCCUAUGCUUUACUUAAUUAGAUUAAAAUUGCCUGAAGUUUCAUUUACAUUGUAACAAUAUUACAGUACACACUCAGCACUUGACUUCAUGUUAAAACUGUGGGAGGGUGGGGGUUUAUCUUUUGCUGUUUUGGGCUGUAUUCUUUGACAGACACUUUUGUGUGUGUUAAAUACACACAUAUACAAAUACAGACGUAACAUCUACAAAUCAAAUAAUUUUUUUUACAAAACAUUAAAAAAAAAAACAUUUGAAUAUUGCAGGGUUUUGAUUAUCACAAGUAAGUGAUAAGUAAGACAAAAUCAUGCAAGUAAACACAUUUUUUGUGGCUGUAGAUGAAUAGCAUCUUUGUAUAUACACGUGUUUUUUUAAAUCAUUCCACAAGGAAAUGAAUGGGGGUGUGUAACAUUUUACAUGCAUCGGAAUGUAUUGCAUCGGAACAGGAUGUGUGCACUUGACAGUUUAAAAAAGUAAAACCAUAUUGUCGUAUAAA